ACCAGUAACAGCUGGGAUGAAGGCCGCUUUGAAGUUGUCGAUGAGCGCUCCGCCGGUCAUCCGGCCGCCCAGCCCCUCUCCGCCGGGCAGCGGCGGCGGCGCCGCCGGCAUCUCCUUCCACCUUCAGAUCGGCCUCAGCCGGGAGCCGGUGCUCUUGUUGCAAGACUCCUCGGGGGAGUUCAGUCUGGCCCACGUCCGGGAAAUGGCUUGCUCCAUCGUCGACCAAAAGUUUCCUGAAUGUGGCUUCUAUGGAAUGUAUGAUAAAAUCCUACUUUUUCGCCAUGACCCUACAACAGAAAAUAUUCUUCAGCUGGUAAAGUCGGCUACUGAUAUCCAGGAGAGCGACCUUGUUGAAGUUGUCUUAUCAGCUUCUGCAACAUUUGAAGACUUUCAGAUUCGACCACAUGCUCUGUUUGUUCAUUCAUACAGAGCACCAGCCUUCUGCGACCACUGUGGAGAAAUGCUGUGGGGUCUUGUACGUCAAGGACUUAAAUGUGAGGGAUGUGGCCUAAACUAUCACAAGAGAUGUGCAUUUAAAAUCCCUAACAACUGCAGCUGUGUUCGGAAGAGGCGGCUUUCAAAUGUUUCCUUAACAGGACUUAGUAAUAUCAGGACAGUGUCUGCAGAAGUUUCAUCUACUACUACAGAUGAAGCUCUACUGAUUCCUACAAGCCCUAGCUUUGAGCAGAAAUCACCUCCUGAUUCAUUUGGGAGAGAGAAGAGGUCCAAUUCUCAGUCAUACAUUGGACGACCCAUUCAGCUUGACAAGAUCUUGCUUUCCAAGGUUAAAGUGCCUCAUACUUUUGUGAUCCAUUCAUAUACACGGCCAACAGUUUGUCAGUACUGCAAGAAGCUACUCAAAGGACUUUUUAGACAGGGUUUGCAAUGCAAAGAUUGCAGGUUCAACUGUCACAAACGCUGUGCACCUAAAGUGCCAAAUAAUUGCCUUGGGGAAGUGGCCAUUAAUGGAGAUUUGCUUAGCCCUGGUGCUGAGUCGGAUGUGGUAAUGGAAGAGGGAAGCGAUGACAAUGACAGUGAGAGAAACAGUGGACUCUUAGAUGAAAUGGAGGAGUCUAUGGCCCAUGACGCUGAGAUGGCAAUCAUGAACCAGAGCGACAAUGGAGAAAUGCAGGAUGCUGAUCCUGACCAUGAUGAGAGUAACAGAAUGAUCAGCCCGUCGACAAGUAACAAUAUUCCAUUAAUGAGAGUGGUGCAAUCUGUCAAGCACACAAAAAGGAGAAGUAGCACUGUAAUGAAAGAGGGAUGGAUGGUUCACUACACAAGCAAAGACACUCUGAGGAAACGGCACUACUGGAGAUUGGACAGCAAAUGUAUUACACUGUUCCAAAAUGAUACUGGAAGCAAAUAUUACAAGGAAAUCCCAUUGUCUGAAAUUUUAUCCCUGGAACCUGCAAAAAACUUCAGUUUAUUGCCCCAGGAAGCGAACCCCCAUUGCUUUGAAAUAACCACAGCAAAUGUAGUCUACUAUGUUGGGGAAAAUGUUGAAAACCUACCAAGCCUUCCAGCUAAUAGCAGUAUUCUCACAACUGGUUGUGGCCCGGAUGUGGCAAGAAUGUGGGAGAUGGCAAUCCAGCAUGCCCUCAUGCCUGUUAUUCCCAAAGGGGCAUCCACUGGUUCGGGACCAAGCCUACACCGUAAUAUAUCCAUCAGUAUUUCAGUAUCAAAUUGCCAGGUCCAAGAAAAUGUGGAUAUCAGUACAGUAUACCAAAUCUUUCCAGAUGAGGUGCUGGGAUCAGGACAGUUUGGAAUUGUUUAUGGAGGAAAACAUCGCAAAACAGGAAGAGAUGUAGCAAUUAAAAUCAUUGACAAACUGAGAUUUCCAACUAAGCAAGAAAGCCAACUUCGUAAUGAGGUUGCAAUUUUACAGAAUCUGCAUCACCAGGGUGUUGUAAAUCUGGAAUGCAUGUUCGAAACACCAGAAAGAGUGUUUGUUGUUAUGGAGAAACUCCAUGGAGACAUGCUGGAGAUGAUCUUGUCAAGUGAAAAAGGAAGGUUGCCAGAGCGAAUAACCAAGUUUUUAAUUACACAGAUCCUUGUUGCCUUGAGACAUCUUCAUUUUAAAAACAUUGUUCAUUGUGAUCUCAAACCAGAAAAUGUAUUGCUGGCAUCGGCUGAUCCUUUCCCACAGGUGAAGCUUUGUGACUUUGGUUUUGCCCGGAUCAUUGGAGAGAAAUCAUUCAGACGUUCAGUUGUGGGGACACCAGCCUAUCUUGCUCCUGAAGUCCUGAGAAACAAAGGGUACAAUCGAUCCUUAGAUAUGUGGUCCGUGGGGGUCAUUAUCUAUGUCAGCCUUAGUGGUACAUUUCCAUUCAAUGAAGACGAGGACAUUCACGAUCAAAUUCAGAAUGCUGCUUUUAUGUACCCACCCAAUCCCUGGAAGGAAAUCUCUCAUGAAGCUAUUGAUCUCAUAAAUAAUUUGUUGCAAGUGAAAAUGAGAAAGCGCUACAGUGUGGACAAGACAUUAAGCCACCCAUGGCUACAGGAUUACCAGACCUGGCUAGAUUUACGAGAGCUUGAAAGUAAAAUAGGAGAGCGUUACAUCACCCAUGAGAGUGACGAUUCCCGGUGGGAAGAGUAUGCCAGAGAAAAUGGCUUGCAGUAUCCAGCACACCUUAUCAGUCCGAGUGCUAACCACAAUGAAAAUCCUGAGCCAGAGGAAGCAGAGUUGAAAGCCCUCAGUGAACGUGUCAGUAUCCUUUAAAUUGCAGCCCUUGUAAUCUGUCAAAACACUGUGGAACUAAUAAAUACAUACGGUCAUGUUUAACAUUUGCGUUGCAGAACUGCCAUUAUUUUCUGUCAGAUGGGAACAAAGCUGUUACACUGUUACCACCAUUGAUGUAUGGGAGUUGCCAAGACAAAUCAACAGACGCAUUUUUUAAAAAUUAUUAUUUUGUGUGAGCAACUGUGUUAUAUUAACAAAAAGUUCCCAGAAACGCUCAACCUGUUGUUGUGGAUGAUUCCUGUCGUACCCUGAGCAUUCAAACCUGUUUCCACUGUGCCUUUUCAGAUAAGAGUUUCCUCUUACUCAAGCCUCAUUGUGUAAGGCGAACCAUCUCCAGGCGGAUCCCUGGUUUUGUAUGCAUCAUUAAUUAGUAUUGUAAUUGUUUGCAAACUCUUGAAGAGUAGAUUACUGCUGCUGUUCUGUGAACAACUUUUAACAUUUUCGAUAAAUUUUGGGAUUUCUGGUUUUG